UGUUAGGGCCACCGGGAACCGGUGCUGCAGGGGGCUGUGCGAGAGGCGGUGCCUUCGCUUCCGGUUCCGGUCUGGUCUUCGCUCCGGCUCCGGCUCCGGCUCCGGCUCCGGGAGGGCGGGGGAGAUGCUGCGGGCUCCCAGGGGGCUGGCCGGAUCCGCAUUCCUGAAACUCGCAUUUGCGGCGCGUACCAUGGCUGGAGAGCCCACGGUCUUGCUCCCUGAACUCCGUGCACUUCUAGCCUCGGGCCGGGCCCGGCUCAUCGACGUGAGAUCUCGGGAGGAGGCGGCAGCUGGGACCAUCCCUGGGGCUCUCAACAUCCCGGUGAUAGAGUUGGAAACUGCCCUGCAGAUGGAGCCAGCUGCUUUCAAGGCUUUGUACUCCACCGAGAAACCAAAGCUGGAAGAUGAGAACCUCAUUUUCUUCUGUCAGAGGGGCAAGCGGGGCUUUCAAGCCACACAGUUGGCCCGGGGCCUUGGAUACAAAGGGGCUAGGAACUACGAAGGCGCCUAUAGUGAAUGGUUCCAGAAAGAAGGUUAGGUAGAAGGUAGCUUACUGAAUGCUCCCUCCACCUGCCCAUGGCCUCCUUCGCUAAGAGUGAUGAGGGGGCUGACUUGCUGGGUUGGGCAGCUUCUUACAGUGCUGUGCACCGAAAGCAACAAAUAAAGAGCAGUUAAUUAAAGUAUUGGAAGCACUUAAUUUGUCAGAACUGAAAACAGUUCUAAUCUUAACCUAGACUUCAUUUCAGCCCUAAGUUCUUCUUCCAGCAUUCAUCUGCUCCUCCACCCUCACACACCAAAACCAAAACAAAAAUGAAAACACCCAGCAGUUUGCUGAGAGACUAUAAUUCAAGAUCACCUGGCAGUUUGUUUAUUUAUUUAUUGGCUGCGUUGGGUCUUGGCUGCUGCGCGAAGGCUACUCUUCGUUGAGGUGUGUGGGCUUCUUACUGCAGUGGCUUCUCUUGUUGCGGAGCACGGGAUUUAGGUGCGUGAGCCCAGUACUUGUGGCACAUGGGCUUAGUUGCUCCGCAGCAUGUGGGAUCUUCCCGGACCAGGGCUCGAACCGGUGUCCCCUGCAUUGGCAGGUGGAUUCUUAACUACUGCACCACCAGGGAAGCCCGCACCUG